UAUUGAUGGUCCCUGUGAGCCUCCACCAUCCUGUGUUUUUGUUGUCGUCUGACAUUGUCCGUGUGGGACCGUCGCCACAGACAGAUUUAUAUAACGAGCCCCUGAACACCGACAUGUCGUCACUACUGAAGCCGUUUUCGGUGUGCGAGGGGCCGUGUGCGAGCGGCGCUGUGAGGAGAGGAUGCCCGGGAUCAGCUCCUCAUCAUCAGCCUCCAUCGCAGCGUCUGGUCGCCGCGGGGCUGGGCUGUCUGCCGGGGAGAAACCUGGCGGCCGCUGCAGUCGGAGGAAGGAAACUCACGCAUCCUGGAAAGUCCAUUCUUGCAGGUGGCAUUGCAGGAGGAAUAGAGAUUUGUAUCACCUUCCCCACAGAAUAUGUCAAGACCCAGCUGCAGCUAGAUGAGCGAGCCAACCCACCUCGAUACAGAGGGAUCGGCGACUGUGUGAAGUUGACCGUGCAAGAUCAUGGGCUGAGAGGACUGUAUCGAGGUCUCAGCUCCCUGCUCUAUGGAUCAAUACCCAAGUCUGCAGUGAGGUUUGGCACGUUUGAUAUGCUCAGCAACCCAAUGCGAGAUGCCACAGGUCGCCUUGACAACACGCGGAGCCUCGUGUGUGGUUUAGGAGCAGGGAUAACGGAGGCCAUCGUGGUCGUCUGUCCCAUGGAGACCCUGAAGGUGAAGAUGAUCCAUGACCAGUGUUCGCUCAGACCGCGUUACAGAGGCUUCUUUCACGGAAUCAGUGAGAUUAUCAGAGAACAGGGUGUGAGGGGGACAUAUCAAGGUCUGACAGCGACUGUGCUGAAACAAGGAUCCAAUCAGGCGAUCCGAUUCUAUGUGAUGAACUUGCUGCGCAAUUGGUACAAAGGUGACGACCCAAGCCGAGACAUGCACCCAUUUAUAACCGCAAUCUUUGGAGCGACGGCAGGAGCUGCCAGUGUUUUUGGAAAUACACCUCUGGAUGUGGUGAAGACAAGGAUGCAGGGUCUGGAGGCCCACCGCUACAAAUCCACAGUUGACUGUGCCUUCCAGAUCUUGAAGAAUGAAGGACCACAGGCGUUUUACAAGGGAACAGUUCCCAGGCUUGGCCGCGUGUGUUUGGACGUGGCAAUAGUCUUUGUCAUCUAUGAGGAGGUGGUCAAGCUACUGAACAACGUGUGGAAGACGCAAUAGAUGGGCCAGACAGUGACAGAGAUCCAGAGGGAAGCACAGACCAGUGCCUCAUGCUACGCACAACUGAACACCUCUAUUUUUGUUCAUAUUUGCUCUCUGCAUUGACCCGAAGAGAUGACUCUUCAUCAUGACCAGUUUUCACUCCGUUUCAUCAAAUAAUACAAGAUGUAACCAAAAAAAUACAGCAAAAAAAGUAAGGGAGGAAGCACGGAUGGCUGGACUAAACAGCUCAAUUUUGCAUUUCGACGCUUUCUCGGUCUGAUUUAGGAAUCAAGAGGGAUUUUUAUGUUGAAGAAUAGGAAAAGGCAAAUUCAGAAAGGAUUCUACAAAGAGUUUACACAGAGUGUAGACUCUUUGUAGAGACUAAAGAAACCUUAUGAACCAAAGGUUCACAUAAGAGAAGGGGCAAGACAUGAGUGGGUUAAACAAAAAGGGAUACUACGUAUGUCUGUUUUAACUUUGUACGACUGUAAUGGUACAUGUUGUAGAGUGAACACUUUGUACUUUAACCAUAAAUGUGUCUUUUGAUUCACUGAGUACUUAGUAUACUGGGUUGCUAGAGAGAUGCUACUGGACCCAAACAAGCUUGCGGCAGUGCUUUCAAAUGUCUGUGCAGUAAUUCAACACUUCUGUUUUGUAAUUGCUUACCUGACAGCGCUUGUGGGGUCAUCUUUAGCAGUAUUUCCUCACUGUGGGUGUUUCUCAAUCGCGAGUACACUUGCUUGGUAGCACAUGUCUGCCGAGCAUCUUGCUUCAGAAGCGAGGCAAGAAUACUUCCUGCCAUUUGGAAAACAAAGAGUGGAACAGGCUAGCAAGUGUGCAGGUGUGCGUCAUAUGAGAGGCCCCGCCUUACAUCUUCCGCCACAGAUUUGGGGAAAUUGGUCCGUGCGCAAAGCAUUGUGGGGAUUUUAAGACCGCGGAGUCUACUCAUGUGCAGCCUCGAUAUUUCUCCAAACGGAGUACGCCGGGCUCGGUAGAUUUCCAAGUAUGCUGGAGAUUGGAACAGUACUUCGGCGGCACUCGAUGACGUAGUAUGCUUGAAAUAGUGGCUCUGAAGCAGCUUUACUCGCGAUUGAGAAACACCCCGUGUCUUGGAGAUGAGGAUACUGCUCAUUGUGUAUUUCAUGGCCCGCUGCUGAUAACUGCUCAGUUUGGCUGCAUGGAUCUCGAUGUGGCAUCUAUCCUGUUACACGCUGACAGUGGCUCGCCGUGUACACAAACUGUUCUGGAGUCAGUACCUUUCUUGCAGAUUGUUUCAGAGUGUUAAAACUUAAUAAAAGUAGUCAUUGAGCACACAUUGUAGGAAACAAAGCCCUAUGUAGCACAAGAGAUGAUUCAUUAAUAGAAGUUAGCGAGGUCAACGUUACAUCUUCAACAUCACACGUUACUAUAUGCUCAGUAUGUGUUUUGAGUCCUUGACAGCUGCAUGUGAAGGCUUUAUUUGGGAAUAUUUGACCAGUAAUGCUUUGUCCAGACCCUCAGGUUAUUAUUUCCCAGCAGCUGCUGGUGUGCAGCCUGAAAUAUAAAAGUAAAAACACAUUUACUUAAGAUAACAACAUGCCAGACGAUGUCAGCCAUAUGACUUCAGUGCGCUUGAGCCUU